AUGGAUGAUGACGGUCAGGUCAGCGCUCUUGUCUGCGACAAUGGAUCCGGCAUGGUGAAGGCCGGGUUUGCCGGGGACGAUGCUCCCAGGGCCGUGUUCCCCAGCAUCGUGGGCCGGCCGCGGCACACGGGCGUGAUGGUCGGCAUGGGCCAGAAGGAUUCGUACGUGGGUGACGAGGCGCAGUCCAAGAGGGGUAUCCUGUCGCUGCGCUACCCCAUCGAGCACGGCAUUGUCACCAACUGGGACGACAUGGAGAAGAUCUGGCACCACACAUUCUACAACGAGCUGCGCGUGGCGCCCGAGGAGCACCCGGUGCUGCUGACCGAGGCGCCCCUCAACCCCAAGGCCAACCGCGAGAAGAUGACUCAGAUCAUGUUUGAGACCUUCAACGCGCCAGCCAUCUACGUGGCCAUCCAGGCCGUGCUGUCACUGUAUGCCAGCGGCCGCACCACUGGUAUCGUGCUGGACUCUGGUGACGGUGUGACCCACACUGUGCCCAUCUACGAGGGCUACGCGCUGCCCCACGCCAUCCUGCGCCUGGACCUGGCCGGCCGCGACCUCACCGACUGGCUGAUGAAGAUCCUGAUGGAGCGCGGCUACAGCUUCACCACCACCGCUGAGCGCGAAAUCGUGCGCGACAUCAAGGAGAAGCUGGCCUACGUGGCGCUGGACUUUGAGAGCGAGAUGUCCACGUCCAUGAGCAGCAGCGCGCUGGAGAAGAACUACGAGCUUCCCGACGGCCAGGUCAUCACCAUCGGCAACGAGCGCUUCCGCUGCCCCGAGGUGCUGUUCAACCCGUCCAUGGUGGGCAUGGAGGCCAACGGCAUCCACGACACCACCUUCAACUCCAUCAUGAAGUGCGACGUCGACAUCCGCAAGGACCUCUACUCCAACAUCGUGCUCAGCGGCGGAACCACCAUGUUCCCGGGCAUCGCCGACCGCAUGAGCAAGGAGAUCACCGCGCUGGCGCCCUCCGCCAUGAAGGUCAAGGUGGUGGCGCCCCCGGAGCGCAAGUACAGCGUCUGGAUCGGCGGCUCCAUCCUGGCCAGCCUGUCCACCUUCCAGCAAAUGUGGAUCUCCAAGUCGGAGUACGACGAGAGCGGGCCCUCCAUCGUGCACCGCAAGUGCUUCUGA